CUACAUUGCCCGUGGUCAGUAACUAGACAAGGCGACGCUUCUAAAAGAAAAAACCCUAGACAAGGCGACGGCGAGCAGAAUGGCGGCGCGACGCCGUUUCGAUCCGCCGCCGGCGCUCCCGGAAGAGCUCCUCGAGGAGAUCUUCCUCCUCCUCCCGCCCGACGACCCGUCGCGCCUCCUCCGGGCCUCCUACGUCUGCAAGCCCUGGAACCGCGCCGCCUCCAGCCGCGGCUUCCGCCGCCGCCUCCACGAGCGCCACGGGGCUCCCCCGUUGCUGGGGUUCCUCCACAACUCCGGCGAUCCCCGCUUCGUAUCCACCACCGCCUCGCCGUUCCCCCUCCCCGUCCCGGACAGCGGCUCCUGGCACGCCCUCGACUUCCGCCACGGCCGCGCCCUCUUCAUCUCCGUGGCUGACGAGGACGAUCUGGCGGCGGACGCCCGGGUGCUCCUCGUGUGGGAGCCAUUCACGGGGCACCAUCAGCUGGUACCGGCGCCCGCGGCGCUGAGAAGCUAUUCCUGCAACGGGGCCGUGCUCUGCGCGGCGGACGGGUGCGACCACAGCUGCUGCCACGGGGGACCCUUCCGCGUGGUCUUCGUCUCCUUCGACGACACGCUGGAGGACACUUUUGCGUGCUUGUACUCGUCGGAGACUGGCACCUGGGGUGAGUCGACCAUCUUGAGCGGCACAUUCUUUGACUUCCACCAGCCCGGCGUGCUCCUAGGGAAUUCUCAGCUAUACUUCGUGUCCGAAAGUAAUUUUAUCAUCGAGUACGACUUGGCCAGGCACAGCCUGGAUUUGUUCGAGUCACCGUUGGACUAUGAGCCUGAGGACGUGUCUGACUAUGACAGAAUUGUCCUUAUGCUGUCGGAGAAGGGUGGUCUUGGAGCUGCCAUUGCCAGGGAUUCACGUCUCAUCCUGUGGUCAAGGGAACCGGAAGACGGUGCUGAUGUGCCAUGGGUACAGAGCAGGGUGAUCGACCUGGCCAAAUUGCUUCCGAUUGGUGACCUGGUAACCGAGUCUUCAGAAACAUCACCAAAGGUGAUGGGCUUUGCCGAUGGAGCAAACACAGUUUUCGUGGGCACGGUUGCUGGACUCUUCACAAUCGAGUUCCAGUCACAGGGGGUGAGGAAGGUGCACGAGGACCGUGAGUUCAGCUCAUUGAUUCCAAUUGUUGGCUUCUAUUCUCCAUGUUGUACAAUCGGGACACCCGGAAGCAAGGACCAUGGCUUGCCACUGUCGAACGCUAGUGAGGGAAAAGGGAAGGAGGAUAAAACACGAGAGCAAGCGCGGGAUCUGGUAUACACGGGAUACAAGGCCAUCACAGAGGGGAACUUCGUUGAUGCUGCCGACUGCUUCAAUCAUGCCCUUGAGAUCAGGACUGCACAUUACGGACAACUUGCUCCGGAGUGUGCUAGCAUGUAUUACAAAUAUGGAUGGGCUUUGCUACACAAAGCUCGGAAGGCAGCUGUUCCAUUAUCUAAUGUUCCCAUGAGUGCACAAAAUGAGGAAUCAAUGAAGAAUUCAGGGAGCAAAGACGAUACCAGAACUCAAAGACCUCCUGUAGCAACGUUGAAGAUAGCUCCAACUUCAGGGAAAGGGCUGAACACAAAUGAGAAAGAUCAGGAGUAUGAGAUUGGUGAUGGCAAGGAUGAUGAGAACGUGGGUGAUUCUGAUUUGGAUCUGGCCUGGAAAAUGUUGGAAUUUGCAAGAGUGAUAGUUGAGAAGAGCCCAAAUGACAACACUAUAGAGAAAUAUAAAAUUCUUUUUGCUCUGGCUGAGGUCUCCAAGGAAAGAGGGGACAUUGAAAGCUCGCUCGGUUACUUCUUCAAAGCUCUAGCCAUCUUGGAGCAUGUGGUUGAGCCUGACCACCGUGGAAUUGUCAAACUAAACUACCGAAUAUGUUUGCUCUUCGAGUCAGCGUCGAGGCUUGCAGAUGCUAUCCCAUAUUGUGCAAAGGCCAUUUCGCUAUGCAAGUCACGUAAGCAGAGGUUGGAAAAUGCCAUGAAAGCUUUGUUGGCCGAUGAAGGCGAUAAUGCAUCUGCUAUUGAAGGGCGCUCUGGAGUACUUGCUACCGAAGAUGAGAUGGAGUUCCAAACUGACACAUUGGCUGUUCUCCAGAUGAAGCUUGAAGAACUGGAGCCAGCAAUGUCAACCCCAAGCUCUGCCACAGAAGAGAGAGUUGCCUGAUUGCCUCACCGGCGAGUGGAAGUUUUGUAAAGCUGUGCAAGGAGCUGCAUGCAUCUUCGACUUGUCUGGAAUGCUCAUGUGUUCAUCUGCAUAUAUAACUAGUUAUAUUAGGCUGGUUCUGCUGAACUCCCUCCAAGUAUAUGGAAAGAAGGGCGUCACAUGACAGAAUACAUUGGCAGAUGGUCUGGUUCAUUCAGACAGACGCCAGGAGAAAUGAAGAGGCUCCAGAUUGGGGAGGCAAGACGAAUAAACACCCUGUCUGAAGAGGUUGAAUGUGAAGAGCUUGCUUGAGUGAUGAUUUCUUAAAGAAUCAAAAUGCCUUACUUAGAGACGAAGCCAAUCAGAUUACAAAGAAGAGUCUGCAAAGAAAUCCAUGUCUGGUAAUUCCUGCUAAGAACUAAUCAAAGUCUGCCAUGCCUCCCGUGUUUGAGAUGUUUGAAGGAGACAUACAUACCUGAAGAUGUUAAUUUUUAGACGAUCCAAGGAAGCUCUAUGAACCAGGUCGGAUAUAUCACAUUUUGGAAAGAAAAAUGUUCAGGUAUCCUCCUUUUAAUUCUUGGCCUAGAAUGCAAAAAACUACUUGUGGGACCUGAGAUAUAACAUUGUUGGAGAGUAACCGCUAAAUAAAACUUUCGGUGUCCCAUCAUAAUUCUACAAAAAGGUUAUGAUGGAGAUUAUCUGAAGUUAUAGAAAUAGAGAAAAUAUUAUGCUUAUGGUGUUGGUGAUUCAUCUCUAUUUUCUAUUGUACUAUGAGAACCUUUCUAUUCCCUGAACCUGCAUGUUGUCAGCAGUGUGAUGCUUUUAUUGAACUAUUGCUGCUUUCUUCAGAAUUAUACUUUUCCCUCGUUGAGAUCUCUUAUGUUUUGCUAAUUGAAAUAUCCAAUAUGGUCAUAAUCAAAGUUAAAUCGAUGCAGGUGGAAUAUUUCCACCGGUGGUCAAAACAGCUGUGCAUUGCCUAACUGAGCCUAACAGAUGUAGUCAUGUAGCAUUCUUGUAGAUAGAGAUGUUAGGUUAUAUUUGGAACAAUAUUGGAGGUAACAGCUAUGCAGAUUCUCACGUGUAAUCUGAAGUAAAUUAAUGUAAUACGUUUGCAAUGUUAAUGUAAUACUCCCUCCGAUCCAUAUUAAUUGUCAUUACAUCUCUACUACUAUAAACACACAGUUUACUCAUCCCUUUUCGUCCACUCACUGUGGACUAUCCGAUCUAAUAUCAUAUCCUUUGUAUGAAGUGUAUUCACUUUGUAUCAAUACCAGGCUGCAUGUUUGAUUCGGUCAUCUGUAUUUUCACGUAGGAUGUCAGUGCAACCUUAGUUACUCCCUCCAUCCCAGAAAAACCGUCGUACUUCCUCCGUCCAACAAAGGAUGUCUCAACUUUGACUAAAUUUGGAUGCAUAUCUAGACAUGACUUGACUUUGACUAAAUUUGAAUGCAUCUAUACAUUAAGUCAUGUCUAGAUAUACAUCCAAAUUUUGACAAACUUGAGACAUCUUUUGUUGGACGGAGGGAGUAUUAGAUUUUACAUGUUCCCAAAUUAAAUGUCGCAUUAGCUUCCACGAGAUGAUUUGCCUGCUUUUAAUUGUUUCCGCAUGCACAGCGCGCAUGCAUGCAGAGUUGAUUGGAGGGCGCGAGGAAAGAGAGCCUAGCAAACCGAGCCGCAGUUAUUGAUUGUAUGCAGGAUUGAUUAAUUAUAAACGUUUUUUGCUGUGCAAUUAACUGUCCUUGGUAUCUGUGAUUUAACUAAAACGACAGUUAAAAUGGGAAGGAGGGAGUAUUUGGCAAUGGGGUUCUGACUAUGAAGGCCAAUCAUUUGCUUAUGCAUUAAAAUCUGUGCCCGCUGUUAAAUGGGUUGGUACUGUUGAAUUGGAAUUGAUUGUCAUAGCUACAGGUCAAUGUGAAUACCUAUAUGUGAGCCUGAAUGUCUUAUAAAGGCUGACUGCAGGGGGGGGGGGGGGGGGGAUUGUUCCAAGAUUCCAAGAGUUAAAUCCUGAAAGAAGGUGCAACUGUUUUGUAAGUGUCUUUUCAUUAACAGGGAUUAUACAUUUUUGCAUUGCUGUAUAUUCUGUUGAUUGGUGUUCAGAAAAAUGAUUAGUUUAACAGAUCAGAAAACCUCUUUGUCAUUGUAUUGCUAACAUCUUCUCUGGCUUGAAUUUGCGUAAUGUGUGAGUGUAACUGGAUUGACCACAGAAAUUUAAAUUGAACACUGAAUCUCAACCUUAUGUUACUUUUUACAUGAUUCUUGGUGCCCAAAUAGGCUAUCGCUUCCCUCUGAUACAUCCAAUGUUUCUUUUGGAACAAUAAUUCUAAUGGAAAAUAUUCCCUGUCAAAUGGCUCGCUAUGCUUAAUAUCUGCUUUACUGUAUUACUAUGUACCAGUAACUCACAUGUUCCAUUUAUUUGCAUGUUGUGCUUAAACAGGCUGGAUUAGUUAGAAUGCUGAAGAGUUUAUUUCGAGAGCUCCAAAUGUGUCUCCGUUGCAACGCACGGGCACUUAGCUAGUUAGACAAAAUAUCUACUUCACUGCAUUCUUAUAGCAACAACUAGCAUCGAUGGUACUGCUGAAAAUUACUGAUUGGUGUUCAUCUUAGAUUGGACCUUUGAUCCAGGUGUAUGAGUGUUUCUUAACUAGCUAGCAUGCAUGUUUAAAUGCAGAACUCAGGUAAGGCGUCGCCGUCAGGUAAUUUAUGAGAGCCUGAUAUAUGCUGACUAUGAUAUUUCUAUUUGCUGAAAUUUAGACCUGUCAAGCCUGAGUUCAAGCUUGCUAUUUCUUAGCAAGUGACCACGGUGUAAUUCUCUGCUUCAAUCAAGACAUGGUUAGAAAUUAAACAUGUUCCCCAUAUGCAUGCAAAUUAAUUGCUACCAUUAUAGUGUUUGUAGUCUACCCAACUUGUUUUAUCUUUUUCCAUAUCACUUCUUUUUGGGUGAAAUUCAUCACAUUCAGUUCAGAUGUAUAUUAAAACGUCCAAAAAUUUGUAAUUUUAUUUCUCAGGUUUCGUAAAGCUAACAAAAUUUAUAAUUUAUUUUCCAGGUUUCGUACAAGUGCUCGGUCUGAUGGUUUUGGGAGUUGAUUAUAGUGAUUCGCUGAACUCUUGUAGAAGUCUGGGUGCUUCAAGAGUUUGGUCAUAUUUUGGGAUUAACUUGAGAAGUUCUCCACUUUGGUAAUUAUAGUCCGCUGAUGAAAGUAUUGCAGUUUCAGUCUUCCUGUUCAAGCUGAAGCAUCACUCAGUAGCUAGAUUUACUCAAUUAAAUCUUCGUGUAAUGACCAUCGCAGGAUGCUAUGUUCAUCUGUGAUUCUAUUAUGAGGAUUAUGCAUUACCUAGCCAUGUCAUGUACUGAUGUACAGCGUCUGGUGGUUCUCUGUGCUGAACUCUAAAAGAAGAGGGAAACAAUCGGCAUGCUUGGUUGUAUUAAACUAAAAGAAUCGCAGGUAUCAAUGGACCCGUGCCUUGGUGACUA